AUGGCGGAUGCAGAACAUGCGUCAAAGUCGCCAGUUGGAGUUUGCUCCGGACGGAUACUGCUGUUCGCAGAAGUCAAACAGCUUCUUUCUGCAGUUCAACUUGUCCUUGACACUCAAAAGUUCAACACUGGAGGAUUCAGGAAUGUCAAUAUCACAUUCACAAAUUCCCAGAUAUCAGUCCAAGUUGAUGACAAGACUGUCACCUUCCAUUUUGACCAGUUACGUCUCUCCCCCGUUUCCUGUAAUGGACUGAUCUGCUUGCCUAAUGGAGAAAUUCAGCUGCGCAUGCAAGUAUCGGGACCAAACAUUGGCUGCCAGGCUAACACGAGUCAGAAGUCUCAUCACCAGCGACAGUUGGUGGAAAGGCUGCAAAAGAAAUAUCAUCUCUGUGCCUGCGUGAUGUGUGGCCAGAGACUACUGACAAAAGACUGCAAAUUUAAAAGAGUUCUUCCAUUGCCCUCGGAAAAUUGGAACGAUUUGGCAGAUUCUUGGUUCUGUCAUCGCCAUGACGACCAAUCAGGCGCUAUCCCGAAUACAUUAUUGCCAAGAGAGUCUGACUGCCUGGUUGGAGAAUUGUACUGCCUGAUCCACAAGUCCAAAUUGGCUGUCAAAUCGUAUCAGAUUUCUGCAAAUCAUUAUCUUCAGUGCUGUAGGUGCAGGAAUCCUAUUGGAGAGCUCUACAAAGGGAGGCCACUGUGCAAAGAAAAGGCAGCAUGUCUGGAGGAAAAGGUUGUAUAUCCAGACACAGUAAAACUACAUUAUCACAGUAUUUCACUUUCCAGUGAGGAGAGGAAUACACACAGAAAAGCUGUGGAGUUAUCAGGCAAUGAAAGAAUCCAUCUAAAGCAAGAAGACUCAAACCUGUCUGACAGAAUCCAUCUGAAAGAGGAAGACUUCUUGGCCCGAUAUUUUCUGGAUCAGUGUAGAAUCUUUACCAGCUAUCGCUUCCUGGUCCAGCCUCAAGUGGCCAAUCAGAAGCACUGUAAACAAUGCUGUCUGGUAUGGCUGCUAGAUGGAGAUGCAUUGAUGUACAGUCAAGAGGUAGCGUUGAGGUCAGAGGUGACAGAGGUCAAACAGACAACUGUGGUCAAGGUGCUAUACAGGGCUUACUUCCAAACCGCUCACAGUUGUCCAGGGCAGAAGAAUUGUGCUGACCCUUACAAGACGUGGAGAAAAGACCGAACUGUCCAUGAUAUAGAGCUGCCGCACUCUUUAUACAUCGCCUUUCUUACCUCCCUUGUCAGAAACACACGACAUCUCCCCUCCUCCCUGCGCUACCUGAAUGGCUUCCAUGUGGGUUAUCUUCACAAGUUGCCAGCAAGCGUCACCUGA